AUGAACGCCCUAAAGCUCCAGAAGCGAUUCCCGCAGCUGGACCAGGGUGAGAUUUUCUCCCUCCAGGACGCAUUCCAUAAGCUGGAUAUCGACGACCGCGGUUAUCUGGACGAAGCCUCGGUGAUCAAGGCGACCCAGCAGUCUGAACGACAGCCGUAUGAUGUGGUGCGCCAGGCCUUGAAAGGUGUGGAGCUCGACAGCUCCCGGCGCGUAGAGCUAGAGGACUAUAUCGAUUUAGUAGCGAGACUCCGUUCGGGGCCUGCUCCCGGCGCUCAAGGUGGAUCUAGCCCCGCGGCUGUGAUUCAAGGAGCUGGGGCUGGAGCCGGCGCGGGCGCUGGCGGAUCCCGUCAUGUUUCCAAGGGAAGUGUUGGUGGUAGAAUUCACGUCCAAGGCUCAUCAGCCAAUGUCACACAUACCAUCAACGAGGAUGAGCGAACUGAGUUCACCCGGCACAUUAAUGCCAUUCUGGCUGGCGAUCCGGAUGUUGGCCACCUUCUGCCCUUCCCUACCGACACCUUCGAGAUGUUCGAUAAGUGCAAGGAUGGUUUGGUGCUGGCUAAGUUGAUCAACGACAGUGUGCCAGACACUAUUGAUGAGCGUGUCCUGAACAAGGCAGGGAAGAGAAUCAAGGAAUUGAACGCCUUCCACAUGACUGAGAACAACAAUAUUGUGAUCAACUCUGCCAAGGGUAUCGGCUGCUCGGUUGUGAACAUUGGAAGUGGGGACAUUAUUGAGGUUCGUGAGCACUUGAUUUUGGGUCUGAUCUGGCAGAUCAUUCGUCGUGGCCUGCUGGGCAAGAUUGACAUCAAACUCCACCCCGAACUCUACCGACUCCUGGACGAGGAUGAGACUCUGGAACAGUUCCUACGCCUGCCCCCGGAGCAGAUCCUACUCCGUUGGUUCAACUACCAUCUGAAGAACGCGAAAUGGGACCGAAGAGUCUCAAAUUUCUCGACAGAUGUCAAGGAUGGUGAGAAUUACACGGUUUUGUUGAACCAACUGGCCCCAGAUGUCUGCUCUCGCAGCCCUCUUCAGACCGGAGACUUGCUUCAACGAGCUGAGGAGGUCCUUACCAAUGCCGAGAAGCUGGACUGCCGAAAGUUCCUGACACCGACCUCACUUGUGGCUGGAAACCCGAAGCUGAACCUUGCCUUCGUCGCUAAUUUGUUCAACACGCAUCCGGGCUUGGAUCCUAUUACGGAAGAGGAGAAGCUCGAAGUGGAGGACUUUGACGCCGAAGGAGAGCGUGAGGCAAGAGUGUUCACGCUCUGGCUGAACUCACUAGAUGUUCAGCCAUCGGUAAACUCGCUCUUUGACGACCUACGCGAUGGUAGCAUUCUCUUGCAGGCCUACGACAAGGUCAUCCCCGGGAGUGUCAAUUGGCGACACGUCAACAAACCCCCGGCAUCCGGUGGCGAAUUGAUGCGUUUCAAGGCUGUAGAGAACACGAACUAUUCUAUUGAGCUUGGGAAAUCAAACGGCUUCUCUCUGGUGGGCGUCCAGGGUGCUGAUAUUACUGAUGGUCAGCGAACUCUCACUCUCGGGUUGGUAUGGCAGCUGAUGCGUCGGGAUAUCACCAACACCCUCUCUGCUCUGGCUCAACGGCUAGGCAAGCGUGAGAUUACUGACUCGGAGAUGAUUCGAUGGGCCAACGACAUGUCUAAGAGCGGUGGCCAGUCUUCCUCGAUCCGCAGCUUCAAGGAUAAGUCUAUUGGAACUGGUCUGUUCCUUCUGGAUGUGCUGAACGGCAUGAAGAGCAGCUAUGUCGACUAUGACCUGGUCACCCCUGGUCGAACUGAUGAAGAGGCGUACGCCAACGCUAAAUUGAGCAUCAGUAUUGCUAGAAAGAUGGGGGCUACCAUUUGGCUGGUACCGGAGGACAUCUGCCAAGUACGCUCUCGGCUGGUCACCACCUUCAUCGGUUCCCUCAUGGCUACGCACGAGAAGAUGUAA